UUGCAAGACAUUCAAAUUCUAAGCCCUGCCAACCAGCGGCAGCUGGUUCAGCUUAACAGACCAUUAGCUGUGAAAGAGAACAUUUUCAUCCAUGAUCUCAUCGCCCAGCAAGCGAAGCUGCGUCCCGAAGCACAAGCCAUUCACGCUUGGGAUGGCGACCUCUCGUACUCUCAGCUUCAACAACUCGCCGAAAGAUUUGGCCAAUUUCUUUCCAUGUCAGGAGUCGGACCAGAAACUAUUGUCCCAAUCAUCUUUGAAAAGUCGGUCUACAGCAUCAUCGCUGUCCUCGGAGUUGUCAGAGCGGGCGGCGCUGUUGUGGCGUUGGACCCUCAACUCCCAGAUGGCCGCCUGAAGAUGAUCAUCGAAGAUGUUCAAGCCUCCGUGGUUAUUUCUUCUGCUCAAUGCCAGCAUCGAGUUCCCUCUCGCAUCCAAGGAAACAACCGAGUCAUCGUGGACAAAGCAUUUAUGACCCGCCUUCCGUCCGUCUCAACCCAAACAACUUCACCUCCUCCGUCCACCGAUACUGCUCUCUACGUCGUGUACACGAGCGGGUCAACUGGAAAGCCAAAAGGUGUCGUUGUUACUCACGCCGCUUUCGCCUCUAGUGCACGAGGAUACUCCAAGGCUAUUCACCUGGACUCACCUCUACGCCGGGCCCUACAAUAUUCCUCUUUCUCCUUCGACAUAUCGAUGCUGGAGAUUUUCACUACUUUAAUGGUUGGAGCCUGUCUGUGCAUUCCCUCUGAGGAGCAGCGGAUGAACAACUUGGCCAGCUGUAUCUCCAGCAUGAGCGUUAAUUGGGCGAUGUUGACUCCUUCUGUGGCAAGUCUCAUGACUCCAGAGGAGGUUCCGGGCUUGGAGGUGCUUUGUUUGGUUGGCGAAGCACUUCCGCAGUCUGUCGCGGACAGAUGGGCCGAUCGCGUCAAGACCAUCAACGGCUACGGGCCUGCAGAAUGCUCAGCCAUCACCAUCGUCGAUGAACCCAGGGUGCGGGGGAAGAAAAGUGUUUCUAUCGGCCGUCCCCCGAACUGCGCUGUCUGGAUUGUCGGCGAAAAUGAUGGACUAGCUCCCUUCAAUUCCAUCGGCGAGAUCAUCAUCGAGGGACCCCCAGUCGCCCGCGGCUAUCUGGGAGAUGAGACCAGAACAAAAGAGGUUUUUCUUGAGAACCCGAAGUUUCUUCAAGGAGUCGUCCGUGAUCCUGGACGUUGCUAUCGGACUGGAGACCUCGGAAGCAUGAAUCCCGAUGGCUCAAUUGACUUCGUUGGUCGCAAAGACAGCCAGGUGAAAAUCAACGGCCAGCGCGUCGAGCUGGGCGAGAUAGAAUACCACCUCAAGAGUGCUGUUCUCUCAGAGCUAUUGAGGAAAGAUCCCAUCAACUCGUCCGUCGAAGUGGUGGUUGAGAUGAUCUACCCUCGCGAAGGACAACUGGGUGUUCUUUCCGCUUUUAUCGCGUCUCGGGAUUCAGCCAGUGGACACGGCAGAUCUGAAAACAUUCUCCUUGAAGAAUCGGACCUAUCCUGGGGACGCAUAAAGUCGAUGGGCGAGGAUGUCUUGGGCAAGCUUAUGCAAGGCCUCCCACUUUACAUGGUCCCGAAAGCAAUUGUGCCGUGCCGGAGAUUGCCUCUGUCCCCAUCUGGAAAAGUUGACAGGAAGGCGUUACGAAGUCUGGGCAACUCCAUGACUCUGCAGCAGCUGAUGCAAUCUUCGACCCAACCCAACAUUGUUUCCUCCACGCCUUUGGAUCAGCGUCAAUGUGUUGAGCUCAGUGAAAGCGAUCAAGAGUCUUCGAUAGGUCAAGAUACCCUUCUCUCUGAGGACUCCCCCUCAUCGGAAGCUUCAGUUCCAGCAUCCUUGCCGGACGAAGAAGGGCUUUCGCCAAUCAAAAGAUCUCUUCGACAAGCCUGGGCUAAGAUCCUUGGUUUGUCCGAAGAGUCAAUCAGUCUUGAUGACGAUUUCUUCAAGCUGGGGGGCGACUCAAUCGCAGCCAUCAAAGUUGUCGCAGCAUGUCGGCAGCUUAAGCUUCAGAUCAAUGUUUCCAACAUUUUUAAGAACUCGGUUCUGAGAAAAAUGGCAUUGGUCUGCAAGAGUAGUGCCGCAGAUGAACUUCUGGCAUUUUCUUCUCGAUUCACACCAUUUCAGUUCUUCAAGACAGAAGAAAUAUCUGUAUUACGGGAAGAGGUUUCUUUGCAGUGUGGCGUUAAGCCAGAGAGCAUCGAAGACCUGUAUCCUUGCACUCACAUGCAGGAGGGCCUGAUGGCAGUCAAUCUUACACGUCCAGGAAGCUACACUGGCCGAUGGAUUCAUCCAUUGCCAAAGGACGUUGACCUGGCGAGGUUCCGGAAAGCCUGGGAAGAUAUCCACGCGGCAUCGCCUGUUCUGCGAACACGAUUCGCGGUCACUUCAACCGCAGGCUCUCUCCAAGCUGUCAUGAGAGAACAGGUUCAGUGGCUGGCUUCUGACAACCUUGACGAGUAUCUCAAAGAUGACGAUGCAAACCCUAUGUUUCCCGGGGAUUCGCUCAAUCGAUUCGCACUCAUCACUUCACUCAAUGGAGAUCGGACAUUUGUGUGGACCAUUCACCACAUGCUCUAUGACGGUUGGUCCCUUGCCAUGCUUUGCAAGAGACUCAAUGAGGCAUACCACGGCCGCACCAUGAAGCCUGCAACGGAUUACCGCAAGUUCAUAUCCUACACGCAGAAGCUGCAACCGAGCAGUUUCUCUCAGUUCUGGAAAGACGAACUUUGUGGCGUUCCUCAGUCGACGUUUCCUUCUCGACCGAAGCCGGGUCACCAGUCAUUUGCUCGUGCCGUUGUCAGAGACUCGUUACAGCUUGACUUGGACCCGACAUCUGGCGUAACCAUGUCGACCCUUGUACGAGCCGCGUGGGCUCUGAUGAUCAGCCACUAUUCUAAGUCUGAGGAUGUGCUCUUCGGUGCAACAGUUUCGGGGAGAAAUGCGCCCCUAGACGAGAUUGAAAACAUCGAAGGUCCGACCAUCGCAACGGUUCCAGUGCGGGUUCGAUUGAGCAGAGACUCGACUAUCCACGAGUAUCUACGUCAAGUUCAAGACCGAGCCACCGCUAUAAUACCUUUCGAACAGGCCGGAAUCCAGCAUAUCAAGGCUCUCAACGAAGAUACAAAGCGAGGCUGCGAGUUUCAGAACCUUCUUGUCGUGCAGGCUGGUGGCGGCUGGGACGAAAUUGGCUCUGGUCCGCUGGGGAAACCGAUCUACCGGGAAGAGUUCACCACAUUCCCAGUGACGUGCGAAGUCUGGCUUCACCAUGGCCGAGUUGAGUUUGCAACUCACGUCGACGAGGAUGUCACCACCCGUAUCUUCGUGGCAGAGGCCAUUGAGAUCGUCAAGAUAGUGAUGGUCCAGUUAUCUCAGGCACUGUCUUCAAACGCUAAGUUUCAAACAAUUUCGAGCUUGGUCUAUGAUAAACUGCCAUUACCUGCAUCGAAACCUCAAGGUCAGGAUAUUCAAGAAGCAGAAGUUUCAAAAUCCAUCCACGAUCUUAUUUCGGGCAAAAGUAGAGAACAGGCCAAGAAGGAAGCAAUUGUCUCGACUUCAGACACCAUCACCUAUGAGGAUCUCGAACGCAUGUCGUCUGCCCUCUCUACGCAUCUCACCGAGAUCGGUGUUGCACCAGGUGCCAUGAUUCCAUUGUGCUUUGAGAAGUCAGUUUGGACCAUCGUAGCCAUGUUGGGAGUCAUGAAGGCCGGUGCUGCAUUUGUGCCGUUGGAUCCUGGUCAGCCUAUUUCCAGGCUCAGAAACAUCAUCAAAGAGAUCAAGGCCAACAUAGCACUCACGUCUGCUUUCCAUUCCAAGGCAACCAACCUUGGGCUCGCGACGCAGAUCAUAGUGGACAGAGAGCGCCUGGAUCAAUUGCCAAAGUCUCAUGAUCCAUGCUUCAGUUCGAAUCCUCAACACCCCGCGUACGUCAUCUUCACAUCAGGAUCUACUGGCCAGCCAAAAGGAGUGAUCAUCCCUCAUUCUGCAUUCGCCCAUGGAGCUGUCUCUCACGGAAAGCUUCUCGGAAUGUCCAACAAUCAUCGCGUGUUGCAGUUUUCAUCUUACACAUUCGACGCCAGCUUGUUUGAGAUUCUCACUACUCUCAUUCACGGUGGCACCGUCUGUGUCCCAAGCGACAAGGAACGUGUAGAAGGCAUUGAAGACUUCAUGAAGGAAACCAACGUCAACUUAUCACUGCUUACACCUUCCGUGGCCCGCUUCAUUGCGCCCUCAGAAGUACCUUUACUCAAGACGCUGGUCCUCGGCGGAGAAGCGCCAGAUGAGUCACUCAUCAAGAAGUGGCUAGAUGCCGGGACUCGACUGUUCAACGCUUACGGCCCGAGUGAGUGUUCUGUCAUUGCGGCAAUCCACGCCUACAGUCCGAGGUCAGACCCCCGUACUAUUGGAGUUCCUGCCGGAUGUUCUUGCUGGGUUGUUGAUCCCGAGGAUGACAGUGCUUUGGUUGAAAAUGGCGAAGCUGGCGAGCUCCUUAUUGAAGGUCAAACAUUGGCUCAAGGCUAUCUCAAUGACCACCAUCAGACCUCUACGGCUUUCAUUGAUACGCCAUGCUGGGGACGCAACGAUUCACGGACGAACAACUCGUUAUUUUAUAAAACAGGAGAUCUGGUUCGGAAAGACCCAGACGGAACUUUGAUUUACAUCGGACGUAAAGAUCUCCAAGUCAAGGUCCACGGACAGAGAGUUGAGCUGGGCGAUAUCGAAUCUCACUUGACCGGGUGCAACUCUGUCAAGCGUGGCAUUGUUGUGUUCCCUUCAACUGGCAUAUUUCAAGAUCGUCUUGUCGCCGUGCUGGAUCUUGAUCUUCAAGAUCGGGAACUCCGAUCCGCUGCGAGACCUCAAAGUCGUUUGCUGUUCGAAGAGCAGGUUGAUCGGAUUAAAGCGGAUCUGUCUGGCAGAAUCCCUAGCAUCAUGAUACCGACUCAUUGGAUCAACAUCACGAGAAUUUCAAGCAGCGGCUUCCCCCUUUCCGCCUCGGGUAAAGUUGACAGGAGACUCAUUACCUCCCUGCUUGAGGAGUUAUCUAUGACUCAGUCGGAAUCACUCAUCAAGCUUGCUUCAGCACACAACGAGAGCUUGAGCGUUGGCCCGGACGAGAAGUUGGCGUACGGGCUAGCGUUGAAGAUCCAAUCUCUUGUCCCUGCGAAGUUUUCAUCUGCUAGAGCUGCGACAGAUCAUUUCGACGACAUGCUCUUGUCUUCCUCAGGUCUAGACUCCCUGACGAUGAUGUCUCUCAUGCAGUUCGUUCGCAUUACGCAUCGGGUCAGAGUCGGUAUGCAGUUCUUGAUGAACGAAACCACGACAAUCAGAAGUCUCGCCUCAUUUAUCGAAAGCUCAACGGCCCCUGAAUCCACCACAGCGGCCAGCCCGCAAACUUCUGUUAGAACUGUCGAUAUCAUGGCCGAGAUUGAGCGGUAUCAGACCGAGCUGUUGACUCCGCUAAAUGCUCCCAGUGGGGUCAACAAGAUUUCACCGAAAGGCCACGAUCUUACAGUCUUCCUCACGGGAGCAACUGGGUACCUUGGUACUCAGAUUCUCCGCCAGCUGCUGGAGCGGCCCGACGUUAGUAGAGUGGUUGCCCUGGCGCGAGGAUCGACUGCUGAAGUGGCGAAGACUCGGGUGAUUGAGACAGCCUUGAAGGCACUCUGGUGGACGGAGUUUCACGAAGAAAAGUUGGAAGUAUGGAAAGGGGACCUAGGGGUGCUGCAACUCGGACUCACAGAGUCACAGUGGGAGCGCUUGGCAGAUGGCUGCUCGUUCGACAUCAUCAUUCACAAUGGUGCCGUCGUGCACUGGAACAAGAGCUACUCUGCUCUCGAAGCCGUCAAUGUCCGAUCCACCGUCCAGCUUGCCGCCCUUGCGCUGCAAAACCCUGGCCUAAGAUUCACGUAUGUAUCAGGUGGUCGCCAGUGCCGAUCGGAGGACGAGUGUGAGGAAGACGUCGUUCGAGAACUUUCUGAUUCGAUGGGCUACAGCCAGUCGAAGUUUGUGGCAGAGACACUGGUCAAGAGAGUGGCCGAGCGACGUCCUGUCGGCCAACGAAAUAUUGCGGUAUUCAGACCUGGUCUCAUCAUCGGAACGCCUACAGAAGGUGUAGCCAAUCUUGAUGACUAUAUCUGGAGACUUGCGGCAGCAUGCAUCGACAUUGGCGCCUACAACGCCGACGACAACAACGCGUGGCUGAGCCUUUCUGAUGCAUCAACGACUGCUGCAUCAGCCAUCAACACGGCGUUCUCACCGCAGUCACUAGCACGACCAGUCUCUCAUCAACAAGACGGAAUGACUUGGGGUGCCUUUUGGUCUCUUGUCAAACGGCGCAUCUUCUCGAGGAUGAGUCGAUGGGGUGGAACGUACACGUGGAGGAGAUAA